ACCAAAUCGAACGUACUCAAAUCACCCUAACUGUUAACGAAAAAAAGAUGAUCAUAUCCGUUCAUAAUUAUAUUAAAGAAAAAAUAAAAAUGACUGACGAACAGGCAAAACAAAUUACUAACCUUCGUAAAGAAGUUUCUAUAGCAACAGGGGUAGGUGAAGCAACAAUUGCCCGUGUUGUUGCUGAAUUCAAUAAAACUGAAAAUAUUACAUCAUCAGAGCAAGAUCAUUGA